CGUAUUCAAUAUUGUAAACCAAUAAGAAUUUAGCUCGUGCUUAAACAUCGUAACCGCACGUGUUUUUGUGAACCGACAUUUUGUUUGUGUGUUGAAAAGUGAAAUCAUGCGAAAAAAGCAGGAGAAACCCCAAAGGUGUAAAAGAAGGCGGAAUUAUAAAAAAGAGUCAAUGGACCUGGCAUAUAAGGCUGUCCAUGAGAAAGGCAUGAAAGUAAAAACAGCAGCCAGAAUGUUUGGUGUUCCCCAUCAAACUCUCAGAGAUAGAGUUUCUGGCCACGUGAACCACGACAGUGCAGAAGUUGGUGGUACCCCUGUUUUGAGUGUUGAUGAGGAGAAGGUUCUUGUUGAUUACAUGAUCAAUAUGAUGCAGCUGGGUUACAGGCUCACCAAUAAGAUGCUGAAGUCACUAGCAGGUGACCUCGUCUUUUCAUAUGGCAGAAGGCACAACAACAAGCCCAUGAGCAACAACUGGAUUUACGGAUUUCUUCGCAGAUGGGAAAACAAAGUCCCUUCUCUGUCAGCUAGGAGGCUGGAAUCUUCAAGUGCCAAGUCAGCAAUGCCAGAAGCUGUUGAUCACUACUUCAAAAAACUAAUUGAUACCUUGAAGAAGUACAAUCUGCUAGAUCAGCCACAUUUAAUAUUUAACAUGGUUGAAACCGACAUCACCCCUGAACAGACAGUCACAUCACCACAUUCUACCACAACAUCAUUUAUUGGAUGUGCAAAUGCAAUAGGAAAUGUACUUCCACCAUUCUAUGUAUUCAAGGGAGAACAAAUCGAUCCAGCAUUGAUGAACAGUGCAUCAGCAGGAGCACAUUGUGCAAUGUCCGACUCCGGCUGUGUUAAUGCAGAAAUAUUGAAAGAAUACCUCCAAAAUCACUUUCUUAAAUACGUCGGCAGCAUGAACACCAAUAAAAAUCAACAUGUAUUGCUGAUAUAUGACGGACACUUGUCCAUCGAUACCAUAGAAUGGGCCAAGAAGCAAAACAUAGUUCUAUUUAUCCUGCCUGCUCACACCUCCCAUCUUCUCCAGCCAUUGGAUGUAGGUGUUUUGGGACCAUUUCAAACGUACUUUAAGACAGAAUGUGCCUCAUUUUUGACACUGCACAUGUGUCAGCAAAUCACAAGGUAUGACCUAUGUAAAUUAGCAAGCAGUGCAUACCUCAAGGCAAUGACACCCAUUGACAUUCAGUCUGCAUUUCGAAAGACUGGCAUAUUCCCCUAUUCAAAGGAUGUGGUACCAAUCCACAAAUUAUUUUCAUUCGAAAAAGAACCUGAUGGAAAAGUGCAAGGUUUAAAAGGUGGACAGAAAGUAGGAAAGACAGUAAAUGAACGGCAAAUAAAACCAUCGCAUGAUCUUUGCUCUCCCUCCAAAGCAUGUCCAACGUGUAAAUGUACAUGCCAGGUAAAACUAGACGGAACAAUUGAGGAUUCUUCAUCUAGUGAAAAGGAAAUCACCGAUGACGUCUUCCACUCAAACAAUGAACAAGAGGAAAGAAAAUCGACAAAGCUUUAUACAAGCCAUGACACCUCAAAGGACAAUCAUACAUUAAUUCCUGAAAGUCAGAGGGCAUCAUUCAGUGUUAUAGAUCCCAUGGGAAAUGAAUCUCAGGAUCCUACUGACUCAGAGGAAGAAGUAGAUGAUGAUGUACCAUGCUGUGUAUGCGAUCAAAUCACUCCGCCUACACUAGGCCAUCAACCUUAUGCAAAGAUUGUGAACUGGGCACAGUGUGACAUGUGCGAUGGCUGGGUGCAUCUGGCAUUCUGCACUUCAGUUCAGGUCGUUGGGUUGGAUACUUCAUUCCUUUGUCCAAAAUGUGAAUCAGAUUAGGAACUUUAACCCACAUAAUUGAAAAAAACGUGGACUAAAAUAGUUAAUUGUUGGUUUAAUUGGAAAAAAAUGUUUUACUGUUGUAAAAUGAAUUGCAUAUGUUGUAAUUAAAAACUUGUUUCUUUUAUAAUGUUUUUUCUUUUAAUAGCAACUUAAAAAAGAACAUGAAAUUUAAAAAAGAGUAACUCUUUAAAAAUAAAAUUGUGUUCUGUGUAAUGUCAGACUAAGUUGUUUUUUAGUUUGCAAAAAAACUAAAAUGUAGCACAUGCUCUAGCCUUUACCAAUAUAACAUAGCAACCAAUCACAAGGGAUAGAUAGAUGAGAAAGCGGUUGACUGAUAUUGAGCAAUGUUGGGAGUUAACUCAAUCUCCGGUAAAUGUAAAAAUGAUAAUAUUUUCGUUCAUUUUUAAUUUUAAAUGGACAGUCAACAUGAUAGUCAACAUAAUUAAUACAAAUUCAUGGUUUUAUUGAUUCAAUCAAAAUAUAUAAAACC